AUGCAAAACCGGACUCUGGAGAAACAAGGACUUGACGCAUCUUCAGUGUACAAUUUGUUCUUGUACCGAGAGGGCCGCGCCUGGGGAGGCAGCAGCAGUGAGGAGGAAGAGAAGAAGAGCCUCUGUGGAACGGUUCCUGUGCUCUUUAUCCCCGGGAAUGCGGGCUGCUACAAGCAGGUGCGUUCCCUCGCAUCUGUCUCCCACCACAUCUACCACGCCUCUCAUGCGCAACACGAAUCAAGGAACAGCCCUCCCUGCUUCGCCUGUUCAGACGAGCCAGACACAGAGCCUCUCACACCAGCGAAACCAGCAGCAGACUCAGACGGAAAGAAAGAGUCAGGGGAAGCGAGGGGAGAAGCUGCAGCAGGAACGUGGAAGGGGGGGCGGGGAUCAGCAGCAUACCCAUCUCGCCUGGUGUGGUUCUCCGUGGAUCUGAGGGAGCACCUCUCUGCUCUUCACAGCGCUCUGCUGCACAAACAGGCGGCCUUCGUUGCUGCUGCUGUCACUCAGCACCUCUCUGCUCUUCACAGCGCUCUGCUGCACAAACAGGCGGCCUUCGUUGCUGCUGCUAUCAUCCAGAUGUUAGCUCUGCACUAUCUCCAGCUUAUUCCCCUCUCUUUGCAAUUUCAGUUUCUUCUCUUCCCACUUCCCUGUGCUGCAAUCGUGGGGCACUUAAUGAGGAUUUUGUUCUUUCUGGGACCUCUAUAUCCUCUCCCUCUAUCGUUUCUCCUGUGCCUCCACGCCUACACCCCCGCCCCCUGUGCUGCUAGUGGGGCAUUCAAUGGCGGGGAUAGUCGCGCUGGCCCACAGGAGACUCACAGGGGGGGGAGAUGUGAACGAGGGAGGGGACGGGAAGGACACGUGGAGAGGGAGGGGGAGGACACGCAGACAACUCAUCUUAUCCUCUCCCGCUACUGUUCUUCCUGUUUCCACGCCCGCUCGCCCGUCCUCUGUGCUGCUAGUGGGGCAUUCAAUGGGGGGGAUAGUGACGUUGCCGCCUGGCCCACAGGAGACUCACAGGGGGAGGAGACGCGAGAGAGGAAUUUGGGCUGCCUUAGAAACCACAACCCGGCCACCCUUUGUCUGGGCUGCGGCCUCUUCCCCCUCCCCCUCCAGCCGUCAAUGCAUGCCCUCUAUCACUCCCUCAUCCAGCACACCCCCAACUCUCCCUCCUCUGCUCUGCUCCUCGCCUCUCUUGCUGCCGGCCGGAGUGACUGGCAGGUGAGAUUGGCUGGUGAGAUUGGCCUCGUGCCACGUGUCAGCUUACCACUGGUUGCCCUGCCAUCCCACACGCACACCAAUCCCACCCCUCCCAGCGCUCUCCCUCCUCCUCUCUGCUCCUCGCAUCGUUUUCUGCUGGCUGAAGAGAUUGGCAGGUGA